GUAGCCCUUCAAUUGAAAUCCUCAGUACAGUCGUACCGUAGCUUCCACACUUCUUGAUGUUUCCGACAAACAUGGAGCACUAGCUAGCCAACUCGCGAGGUAUCUUCAUCGUGUGUCUUGGUUUCCGUCGGCAUUGUGUUCGAAAUGAGACCCCACUUGAAUGGUAAAGCUGGUGAAGGUCACAUAUCCACCUUGCUGGUCUUCGGGAGACGCUGCGAAGACACCGGCCCAAAGUGUGCCAUCUGUGGGAGCCCCAUCUUCCAACGUAGGAUCCUGCUUGGCAAAAGAUGAGAAGCCACCGCUUGACUUGGCCAAAUGAGCAAUUCGAAUGAACUGCCACUCGAAUGAACCUGAAGGAGUUGGCAUUUUGGCUUCCACCACAAAGCUGUCUCCACGGCAAUGAACCCGAAUCUGACAGUGCACAGUAACCACCGUCGCACCGCUACCCUUCAAACUCUCAUCGCCUUGAUCAACUGUAUAAUUGGACCAAGCUUGGGUGGACCAAUCACUAAACACAUUCGUGACAACACAGGACAGCCGAGGUCGGUUAUCUACAACUUCAAUGCCUGUCUUGAGCCAGUGCUCAGGACCAAGCCGAAUCAUGAUACCAGCUUGAUCAAAUUGUCGGACAGCAGUGAGUUGGAGAGUUGUUUCAACUGUAUAGUAUUUGUCAUCAGUCAGGGUAGCAUAAAGAAAGGGUCCAUCAUCCUUGAUCAAGACGGGUUCAUAGUAAGUUUUUCGCCAGUUAUCCUUCUUGGCAGGGGGUGCCAUAAUCAGCGAUUUGGACGCAUCAUCGACUGACCAAGAUCCGCCUCUGCCCUCCCGUCUCCCUUCAAUAGGAUUCCAAGAAUCGGGAGCACAAUACCAACGUAGGAUCUGACCAAUGUCACUGGUAAGAAAUCCAUCAACAAUUGCAGCGGUACUGGUACCAUGCUUCGUUCCGUAAAGUGUUGUUGUAUCCGUAUUCUGCAAAGGAGAUCUAAGGAGAACCGAAGGGGAAGCACUUUUGCGGCCAUUGCAGACCGCAACAGUUGCAGACAUAAACAAGAAGAGCCCAAUCAAGACGAGCGUUUUGUUCUUGAUCAACUCCAGAAGCUUUUCGUUGGAAUCGCGGGAUGUACUCCCACAACUGGGUUUACUAUCAUCACGCCGGUUCCGGUUUCCAUUGGCCGACGGAUCGACGACGGUUCCAUAGGAGGAGUCGGCAUUAGAUCCGUUUGGUAGCAUCAUUUCAGCUGCCAAUAGGUACCAGUAAAUGGUUAACAAUCUUUCUUUGGUUUUGGGGGUUUGCGGUUGUCUUGGAAGAACAUGAUGUUGUGGGGUUACUUGAAGCUGUGCGGUACCGAUGUAGGAUAAUCGAAUCGAAUCGUGGAUGCCCCAACAUCGAACAAGAAUCGAAUGCAACCAGGUCGUGGGUUGGAGCCUGGAUCUUUCACGCAUCCCGACAAGAGGUACCGUGGUACCUGGUACCGAUAGUCCAGGCUUAGGCUAGAUACGAGACUGUUACGGUAGUCCCUUUUAGCAUUGUAUUAUUUGCGCUACGCACGCGGUGGAUGCGGACGAUGGCUAUAUGGUGCUGGUGCUCAAAAGGGAGGCACUGGCCUGACUAGUAAAUUGAAUCUCUAGGUAUGACCCUUGCUAGCUACCCAGCGAUAGGUACAGUUUUUCAGCUCAACUGAGAUGGUAUCUAAGACCCCUUACUUGUACGUGACAUAAAUACAUGUAUACCAACUACAAGUUACCUCACAGUAUUGGAAUCGCUGAGUUGGGUGAAACAAUCCUGGACAAAAAGUGCCUGUGUUGCUUCCUUUGUUCCCUGUCUGGUACGGUACUGAAGUUGAUUCUCCUUACUCGAUGUCAGUUAUUAAAAUGCUUUAUAGCAGGUUUUUGUACAUGCAGCAGCUUCUGAACCCUCGAUCAAUUUGUGGAGUGGAGCUGCAGGUUGGUGAUGCUAGCUAGUUAGAUCUACUAGCUAUCGGUAGCUCGCUUUUUGCAAAGAAGAUCCUCUCGUCGUCGUUCGACUCUUGGGAGCACCCCGGACACACGCAAGUCGAAUAACCGUUGUUUUCUUGCGCCCACACGAUCAAAUCCAACACAAUUCUUCCAACGGUCACGAAAGCAAAGCUACGUUCCUCAACGCACAAGGAGUUGUUAGGAGUUGUACUCAGCCUGUUAUUGCAGAGCAUGACCUGUUCUGCCAAACGAAGAAGAACGUUCGAGCCGCACCUGUCACACGAUCAUACCCAGAAAACUGGAUCUGAAUAGCCCAAUAGUCUAUGCCGGACACGAAGGCUGCCUGAACCGGGAUCGUUUUGCUGAGGCAGCACGAAAGGCAGCAGCGGCUGGCCGUCAGGCAUAGCAGCAAGGCAAGAUUGCGUUGGUGUGUUUCAUUUCUCGAAGCAGCCACAACAACAAACAACGGUCAAAACAGUAGUGUUUGACCUCUCAUUCAUUGCAACCUCAUUUCCUAGUUUAGUGCUACCAGUACCCGUAGCCACUCUUAUCAUCAUGACCAACUCUGGUCGACCAACGUUUCAGCCUUUCAAGCCAAUAGUUCCUGCAAAGCGUCGGUCCGUUAGAGGCGGUCUUCGAGGCACCUCACGAUCGAAAGUCUUCAUUACCAAUCUAUCGGCUGUUCAAGAAGACCCCAAUUCUCCAGACACAACACAAGACCGUUCAGAGACCAAGGAGUCUCUGCCGUCGUUCGACGCGUCCUUCGCAACGGUCAGCAACAGCCAGCACAACAACAUGAGCAGUCAGGGCAAUGUGAGACAUCCUACUUCAACUUCCUUUCCUUAUCCACCGGCGGAAGCUGCAGCUCAGUCGCUCUUCCCGCAUCAAACUCACCAACCUCAUCAGAUGCCAAACUUUUCAACGCCAUCUCGAUUCCCUCAAGGACCGCCAUUCUUUCGGGGGCCUUCUAGGGAUCAUGGGAACCAAAGGAUGGCAUUUCGAGUGGCCCCAAGAGGUUACCCCCAUACCCCCACCAGAAGACCUCUCAUACACCCAACUCAUGGGAUGCCUGGUGGGAUGCCGGGACCACAUGGUCCUUAUCCAAUGCCGGGCUGGCCUGCAUUCCGUGGCCCCCCUCCUGGACCUGUCUCGCAGUGGAAGGCUCAACCCGCCGGUUACCAGCCCCCGAAUAACACCAGUGGUAGUAUGGCGAAGGGGGCGAGUUCUUCUGUAGCAUCGGAACCUCCAACCUGUGAAAGCAGCAAGAAAGCAGCUCGUCUGUUACUGGAUACAGCGUUGGACAUCGUGACGACUUGUAGCGUGGAAUCGCAGGACGACAAACCCAACAGAAAAUCAACAGACGCAGAAACAAUGAAACCACCCCCCACGCCACUAACCCCAAUUCGUAAGAUUGUUUGUCAUGACCUGGAGGGGAAGAAACUGGUCCAAGCUGUGUCGGCAUCUCCUUCUAGUGUGCACUCCGGAAAACAACCGGAAGUGUCGCGACAGGUGGAAGAAGAAGAAUACAAUGGAAAGUCACAGAUACCCGACUCGCCUGGUCAAGCCUUUCUGUCCUUUAUUGAUGACAUGAGCGAGUCGAAUGGCGGACUCACCAUGGAUGAGAAUUCCAUUGCACGUCAACUUGGGAGCAUUGACAAUUUCAACUUUCUUCCGUACCUCGAGGAGGAUUCUGGGCAAAAGACCUGCUCCCCACCUAUGAUACCUUUCUUGUCCAAAUCCCCGCAGCUAUCAUGGGAAAUGACAGAAGAGGACAGCGCAGCAGCAUUCAAUGCAAGCUCCCAUGUUGGCAAUGUUCAGGAACCGGCCAAACAAGACCUGCAACAUCAGCCAAAACCAUCGGAUCCUCUUACACGAGCGAAUCUUUCAUUUGAAAGGACCGCCUCUUCUGCUGCCCAGUCGGUGUUCCGUCGUGGUGGCACACCAGCUAGACUGGGCGGCAACGGAGAUGACUCCGACAGGGCGAGAUUGGAGCCAGAAGGAGACAUUGGAAGGGUCCAACGGUCAUGGUCGGAUCAGUCCAGUCUCGGCUACGAGAGAGAAGCAGCUCGCCAGAUGUCAAGAGAUGAUAUGGACUCGAAGGCAGAUGAGUCAGAGACAACAAGCGCUAGGGAAGCGCCCCAGAUGCCAUCUUUGCCCCACAGACAAAUUCCUCCCCCACCUUUCCCCGGAGGGAAUUUCCAAAGAUUGCCACAAUCUACUCAAAUACAGCCUCGUCCUGCAACCAGUGCCUUUGCCAGGCCUCCUCCUUCCUUUGCAAUGCCGCAUUCGAGCGGCUCUGGGGCGGGUUCGAACGCCGCCAAGCCAUCUUACGUCCCAGGCAUUGAGACAUCAAGAUCGUUUCCUUCUCAUCAAAUGUAUCCCAUUCGCCCUCCUCAAAAUUCCAAGGAAAGGUGCAUUCCUUUGACAAACCCGGUGCCGACAGUGCAUUUUGGCUCGUCCCCUGGCCAGGCAAAUGACCAGACCCUCCCCGAGUUUUCGGAACUAGUCAACUUUCCAAACAACCUCCGUCAGACGAGAUCUCUCCCUGUUGGCAUGAGGUGCUGUGUUAUGUGUGGUGGCAUUCGCCCCACCUGCUCGCGGAUUCGAAGCAGAAAGAAUAAGGGUCUGUCACCAAGCCGCGAGAUGAGUGCCAUGUCGUGUGAUGACUUUGUCACCAUUCCGACCCAGAACAAGGGCCUGUGCACGAUCUGUGACAUUAGUGUGUGGGUUGUGAAAGAGUCGGGUUGCCAAAUCAAGUGGUGCAAGGGCUGCAAGAACUUUCGUCAGUGGGCUUCCUUUGGCGAGAAAGGGUUUGCCACCAAGUGUGCUCGUUGCCGUGAGCGCCAACGUGAAAAGUAUGCUUUGCUGAAAGACGCCAAGAUGCGUGGACAGAAUGGCAAUCAAAUGAAAGGUGCCCCCCGUAAAGGUGGGAGGUAGAUGCACUGAGUUGACAGUGGCAUGGAUGUGAUGAUGGAAAACCUUGAGAGUUAUGGCUGGCGCAGGACUGUUACUUCAAGACUACAUACGGUAAAUGGAGGCCCAAGGUCAAAUAAUUGUUUCCCUGGGAAUUCUGGGGUUGUAGAUACUUUUCGAAAUGCCUUGCCAAAGAAGUAAGAGACAAACAUGCAUGUGUACAAACACCGUAUGGUAUUGGUACCUGGUACCGUUUAGUGGCCUCGAUCAUAUGGCUAUCAAGGAAGGCGGAAUCUGGCGGCUUGUAGCUAGGAGCUACCUAGUAGAGCUGGCUUGCAAGCAAACGAAGCGGGACUGCAGGAAUCCCUGAAUAACCGUCAGGGAUCUCCCCAAAGCCAUCUACAGCGAGAGCAACCA